UACACCUUUCAUUAAAACUUUACACACCUCAUGCAGUCAAUGCAACUUGAGGAAAAUGGCUCGGACAUCUGAGAACAUGAUUGGCAAAGUAUUAUUUGUUCUGUUUCUGCUGUCAGGUCCAACCUCUGUUUUAACUGAUUUUCACUCACUGCAGAUACUUGGAACCUACAUUAAAGGAGACACCCUAUUUCCCCAAAUAAGUUUCACAUUUAUGCUGGACGACUUGACAGUAGGGCUUUAUAUUACAGAAAGAGAUGAAUUCAUUCCACGAGAUAAUACUACAAAUGAAGAUGAGACUGUUUCUGACAUGCUUGAUAAAAUAAAAAAUGAAUUGCAGCCCUUAUUGAAGGGAACAUUAAUAUUUCAGAACAGUACAGAGAGUCCUCAACUUUUUCAAAUUGCCUGGCAUUGUGAGCUGUUGGACAAUAAUAAGACUGGACAAAUGAUUUUGAAGAUUGCUUUUAGUGGCUCCACUACAGAUGAAGUGAGUUUUUAUGGUAACAAUUUUACAUGUCAGUGCCAAAACAACAUGGCAACUGUACCUUUGGAGUAUUUCCAGAUGCAAUUUAAGAGUAUAUAUUACCCAGUCUGCAUGACUACCCUCGGAGGUUAUUUAGUAAAAAGACAAGUUCAAGUAAACAGAAAAGUACAACCGAAAGUCAGACUGAUUAAGAAAGUACACCCAAAAUCUGGAGGGUUUCGCUUGAGCUGUUUGGCGUCAGAAUUUUACCCCUAUUUCAUCAACCUGACCCUGUUGAGAGAUGGACAGCCUGUAUCUGACCAUGAGGUCACUGGAGGAGAUCUGCUGCCCAAUGGGGACGGGACGUACCAGAUGAGGAAGAGUCUGGAGAUCAGAGCAGACGAGAGAGAAAAACACAAAUACACCUGCUCUGCCAAACACCUGGACAAAAACCUAGAUGUUGAUUUCGAAUUUGACCCCAGUUACCCAGUUAAAAUAGUGAUUCCCGUAGUGGUGCUUUUGUCUCUGGUGUUGGUGCUUACAGCUGUCCUCAUACACAAAUGCAUGAAUAAACAAGCAGCAUCACCGCCUGAACAACAGGAACCUAUUGAGAUGGGUGGAAGAUUAAGGAAAUGAAAAAGAACCAAGUACCAAGCAUCUAGUGUAUACCAAGCAGUGAUUUUGACUCUAGUGUGUGUUGCACUGCAACUAGAAUAUAAUCUUGUGAUAGCAAAUUCAUCUUCUGUUAUUUGUCUAGAGGUGGCUCAUUUAGCCAUAACUUCUGCUUUAAAAGCAAUAUUAUUUGUUGAAUUUUGGAUUUAGUUUGCGGCUUUUCUUUUUUCCCUUUACAAACUGAUGGCUCAUGCACUCAAGAGUUGAUUUUAUUACAAUGAACAGAAAUCUUAACACUUUUAAA